GAUAUUUGGUGACAAGAGUUUGGACCAUCCAUGGUUUAACUGAGUUGACUGCCCGAUAUACAUGUGGGUGUGUGCACGGACUGCUUAACUUACACUAUACUAUUAAGAAACAGCCGUUGAACACUCGGCUCACUGCGCGCUACGCCGAAACUUCACUGAUCGCUCAAACUGCAGAAAACCCUAACUGAUAAGCGCGCCACGGGAUAAAUGUAUCUCUGCACUUCAGGUUGUGCUUUCCUUCAUUCACAUCCAAAGCCAAAGAUAUUUAGCUCUUCUGAUUCUUCUCCAAGACAUUUGAGAAUCUGCGCUGUCUCUGCGACGGGGGAUCUGCCCGCCACUUACGUGCCAGCUGCUCCCAUUUUUCUUACUGAAGGACCUUGGAAGCAGAUACCAGGAGGAGUUACUGCUGCAGAGGGAUUCAAAGCAGCAGGCCUUUAUGGAGGAUUGCGCGCCAAAGGAGAAAAACCUGAUCUUGCACUUGUCACAUGUGAUGUUGAUGCCGUAUCUGCAGGCGCCUUUACAACAAAUAUGGUCGCUGCUGCACCAGUGUUAUACUGCAAAAAGACAAUGGAUAUUUCCAAAACAGCACGUGCUGUGUUAAUUAAUGCAGGUCAAGCUAAUGCAGCAACAGGAGAUGCUGGUUACCAGGAUGUGAUAGAAUGUGUCAAAAACCUUGCGGAGCUAAUGAAAAUGAAACCUGAAGAUGUGCUUGUUGAAUCAACUGGUGUCAUUGGUCACAGAAUAAAGAAGGGGGCACUUUUAAAUUCACUUCCCAAACUAGUAAACUCACUCUCACCUUCAGUCGAGGGACUCUGCAGCAGUUGCAAUCACCACAACCGAUCUUGUUCGCAAGAGUGUGGCAAUGGAGUGUCUGUAUUGGCUAUUGGUCAGGUUGGAGGGAUCAAGGUUAAAGUAGGGGGAAUGGCAAAAGGUUCUGGAAUGAUCCAUCCAAAUAUGGCUACCAUGCUUGGGGUAAUCACGACUGAUGCCCAUGUUGCCAGCGAUGUUUGGAGGAAAAUGGUGCAGGUGGCUGUGAACCGAAGUUUCAACCAGAUUACUGUGGAUGGAGAUACUAGCACUAAUGAUACUGUUAUUGCCUUGGCUAGUGGAUUAUCUGGGUUAAGCUGUGUAUCUUCUUUAAAUAGUGACGAAGCUUCUCAACUUCAGGGAUGCCUUGAUGCUGUAAUGCAAGGUCUUGCCAAAUCAAUUGCUUGGGAUGGAGAGGGAGCAACAUGUCUCAUUGAGGUCCAUGUGACCGGGGCUGACAGUGAGGCUGAGGCUGCAAAAAUUGCACGUUCAGUUGCAUCUUCUUCACUUGUGAAGGCUGCUGUAUAUGGUAGAGAUCCCAACUGGGGACGCAUUGCUGCUGCAGCUGGCUACGCAGGGGUUGCUUUCCACCAAAACUCACUUAGGGUACAGCUGGGCGAUAUUUUACUAAUGGAUGCUGGCCAACCUCAAUUAUUUGAUCAGGUUGCUGCGAGUAAUUAUCUGAGAAAGGCUGGAGAUACUCAUGGUACGGUUGAAAUUCAGAUAUCAGUUGGUGAUGGUCCGGGUCGUGGACAAGCGUGGGGCUGCGAUUUAAGCUACGAUUAUGUUAAAAUCAAUGCAGAGUACACAACAUAGUCAAACGUGGAGUCCUUCAUAAUGAGCUCUUUGGCACAAUUUUUGAUCCAUUACCCAGUUGCAUUCACUUUUUUGUUUGGCACCUUUUUUCCCCCAGUCUUGGCAACUUGACUAGUAGCUAAGCGGUCACCACCGCAACCGCAUUAUUUAAUGGAGCACAUCAGACCUAGAGAUGUUCAAUUUGUCGAAUGGGGGAUCGAUUAGUGUCAUAUACAUACAUUGUAAAAAUGCUUGCACCGGCCAUGAACACUCUUUUUUCGCACAACCCAUUGAAAUUUAAACUGGUAAGCCACCUGACGAAAAUUUGAGUGAGAUGAGCA